GGGCGUCCUUGCGCAAUAAGGAUAGCGGGUAAAUCAGGAGUGAGCGACCGAAGACUCUUCAGGUAAGUGAUAUGGCUCUUGCAGGCGAUCUACAACACGCAGCUGCUCAUUGGAUCUCCACCCUGCAUGAUGGUCGGCACCGGCUGCUACAGAUGGUGGCUGCUCUCUCUUCGCCGGCGCCGGAAUUGAUGGAGGUUGUUGGGGGAGCAACCUCCCUGAUCCGCUGGGUGGAGAGUACCAUGGAGCUCAUGUUGGAGGUGGUCUGGGGUUUAGAGCAGGGACCCGAUCCUAUGCUUGAUCUCCUCCUCGAUCACCGCCAGAUGGACGAUCUUAUAAGCCAGUGCUAUGAGCUGUUAGAUGAGGGGCAGGUUCAGGGGACUGCCCUGGUCAAUUGCUUGGGUGGGGCGCUGCCAGUGAGCAUGGCUGCUCCUGAUCAGCUUCUUGUCAUCCACUCAGGAAAGGCAGCGCAGGGAGCAGCGCUGGUGGAGAGCUUGGGCGGAGAACUGUCAGUCAACUCAGCGGCAUAUGGGCAGUCUCCUAUCACUCAAUCUGUGACGACAUCUACAACAGGAUCACAUAUUUUCACUACUAUACCGACUACAACAUCUAUAUCUACGACGACUGCUCCUGUGUGCAGUACGGAGAUUUCAAACGAAUUGGGAGCUUUUUCUAUGCACAUGGUUGCCCCGGCAUGUACGCUCAUCAAUCAAUCAUCAAGUUCAUUAACAUUCAAUAAGAUGACGGACGCUCCUGUGGGCAUCAACGAGAUAUCAAAUAAUUUGGGCGCUGUCUCUCUUCAAACGAGUGCUCCGGCGUGCAUCACGACGCCAUCUAGUGAAACGGGGGGAUUUUGCAAUCACGCAUCGAGCUCACCGUCAACAGUAUCGGUGAUACCUCCUGCGGCAGGUGAGCUGUUGAUAGUUUUGCAGAAGGCACCACUGACACUGCCUCCAUCACCUUCAUCAAUUGCGUCUGUUGUCGCAACACUUGUCAUGGAGGCUUUUCACGAUUUGGGGUGUUCUUCUCCAAUUAGGGAGACUACUGGUUACCUUCCAUCGGGCAAGCUGGCCAUGCGUACUGUUACACCUUGGUCAUCAUCAUCUCGAGUUUGACUUGGUUUAAUGAUCCGUAGGCAUAGAAUAAAAUCUUUCCAAUUAC